CUUUCUCAAAUUCCCAGGUCCUCCAUUCCAUUUUCUUUAUAGCCUCGCUUCUUGUUGCGCAUUCUUCCAAAGGCUCGAUCCUCUUGCUCAUUCAAACGCAUUCAUCAAGUCAAAUUAGGUGACCAUCAAAAGAUCAAGUUUCGACACCGCACCGAGUCCCGGCGAAUAGAACACAAUGCAUCUCUCGUCGAUUGUCGCUGCUAUAUUUCUGGCCCAGUCGGCCUUCGCUAACCCGAUGCCGUCGGAAGACCCGGACGCCCCCAUCAUGUUGGCGGGGAAUCGGGCGGCUAGCGACCUUCAGGACCCGGACAAGAUCCCCUACGUAACUCCCCAGGAAACCUGCAUGAAACUUUGUCGCAAGGGUUGGAGCGCGACCGGCAUGUUGAGGAACAGCGAAAAGUUUUGCAAGAAAUGGUGCAGCGACCGCAACAACUGGCCUAAAUAGUAAGGCUGGCAGUUCAAAAAAGCUCAAAUAUAGUCCUGGCAUACAGGGAAUCGUGGUAAUUUUGGCGGAGGCGAAAUGGAGUUCAAAGACACAGACACUAUAGUUGGAGC